UAUGAGAUAAGAAUAAUUGGAAUAGCUAUUAAAUCUGAAAUAGUAUUAGAUCAAUUAAAAUAAUGAUCCAAAUUUUGAUUUAUUACCAAUAUAACCUACAUAUCUAUAGGAAAUGAACAAGGAAGUGGAAAAGUUAGAAUAAUAGUCUCUUUUUGCAGAUUAAUUUAAUGUUGAUAUACCUAGCUUAAAAAAGAACAGAGAAGAAAAAAGAUUAAGAAAAAUGGCUAAAAUGCAAUAAUUAUCUGAAGGUUGGUUUGGAAUGAAAUCUUAGGAUCAAGAUGAAACUAUGAAAUAAGAAUUUUUAAUUAUGAAAUUAAAGAAAUACUUAGAUCCAAAGCAACCAGUAAAAUCAAGUGAUUUUAAAACUAUGCCUAAGUAUUUUUAAGUAGGAACUUAUGUUGAUGGAAUGGGUAUUAAUUAUUUAUAUUUUAAUAGAUAAUUAUAAUAUUAAAAAGAAAAAGAAAAAUUAAAGUGAUUUAAUUGACCAAUUUUUAGAAUAUGAUAAAGAGAAAUAAACAACAAAAAAUUCAUUUUAGAAGAUUUAAUAAAGAUAAUAAAGAAUCAGUAAAGUAAAUACAAAAUUAAGAAAAUUAAAAAGAAUAGCAAAAUCUAUAGGAAGAAAAAAUAAAUGA